CUGAAGUUUGAACCCUGCCUCGCGCAUAUAAUAAUCUCAAAGUUCAGCGAUUCUAACAUUACCCACAAAAUUCUCUCUCACUCAAUCUCUCUAAAUGACGCGCUAUAAGGGCGGCUAUACGUUCGUUCAUGUUAAAUUUUGAAUCAGUUUGUCUAUUUGCAAUGGAGAAUCUCUCACAAAUAUACGAAACUAUGUUCUACUUUUGCUUCUUGGUCUUUUUCUUCAGCUUAGUUCUCUUUAUUUUCUCUUACCCUUUGUACAAAAGACUGGAGAAAACCGAGCAGAAGCUGGACGAGGUACAUAUCCACAAUCCAAUUCCGAGCGACCCUUUGAGAUUGGAGCGACAUUCGGCAGAAACUGUGGGUAAAAGCCGUGAAAAAGACCCGACCCAUUGGGGCCUUCCGCUGCUUUUGGAGAUCUUGCCCUCUGCUUCCCCGAAUUGGGAGUGUUUGUUCAGUGAAGAAAAGAGUGGUGACCAGGAUUCAGACGGGUCGUGUUUGCAUGACAAGGGGGUGGAGUCGAUUGGAGAUCAGACGGCGAAGAAGAAGAAGAAGAAGAAGAGGGCCAGGAAGAAGAGGUUGAAUUUGCAAGCUGACGAGGGUGGUGAAGACAGGUGCGUGGGGAGAGAAAUUUUGGAUUCGGGUUAUCAGGUCAAUAAUGAUUUGGUUUGCUUCUAUCCCUUUACCUCGUCAAGUAGUGCCAUGCAGAGGAGGAUCAAGCAACAUUACGACGAGCUUGUGAAGUGCAAUGAAACCAAGGGACUAACACUGGCACAGGUUGGAGAGUUUGCUAAUUGCUUGAUUGAGGCUAGAAAUGAGCUACAGCACAAGGCUGAGGUCAUCCAACGUAAGUUCACCAUAACAAAGGCUCUACUGUGCAGGGCAGACAGAUCAUCCUUCGACCGCCUUCACCAGCAGAUAUACAAAGUAGAACUAGAACAACGGAGGCUAAAAGAUGAUGCAUUUGUUUAUAAUUGGCUUCAACAGCAGCUUAAACUCUCUCCAGCAUACAAGAAGAUGCUUGAAAUUAGUGCUUCCAUGGAGUCGAAGAAAUCUAGUGAGCUGAUGGAAACCACAGAUACGGACUUUGCUGACAUUUCAUUUGAAGAGUUACUAGCACGAGAAAAGAAGGAUUCUUUUUGGCAAAGAAAAUCGAGAUCAUGCUUGGGGUGAAAACUAUAUUGGUUUUGCUGAUUCUGCUCACGAGAUUCAUUUCUAUUGUUUGUAUAUUCAAUACUGCUACGAAACGGGGACUUUUUGGCUGCCUGUGAUUCUUUGGUCACCCUUUUAAACAGGAAAAUAGCCAUAACUUCUUGUGUUCAAAUUUUCCUUUUUGGAAUUUCCGGUGGAAGCUAGUCAAUCUUGUGUAUCUGAAAUGUAGCAUGCCGCGUGCAUUCUAUUCUAUUGAAAGCAUUGAGCUUCCAGUUGUGUGA